AUGGCUAAGCAAGUGCUGCAGUACUUACGUGAAGUUUGCAAUAUUGAUUUUUCGAAAUGCAGAGGUCAAUCGUACGAUAAUGCAGCUAAUAUGUCCGGGUGCUACAAGGGCAUGCAAAAAAAAAUUCUUGAGGAAAACGAGUUUGCUAUAUACAUACCCUGUGCUGCCCAUUCACUAAAUCUUGUAGGCAGAAGUGCCGUUGACUCCUUUUUAGAGGCAGUAAACUUUUUCCAUACAGUACAACUGAUCUAUACUUUUUCCUCAGUGUCAACCAACAGAUAUAAGAUUAUGAAAGGAUGCCUUGUGAAUAAAACGCUGGUAAAGUCUCUUUCCAAUACCAGAUGGGAAGCACAUGCUGUUGCAACUGAAGCUAUCCUAAAGUCUCAUCCUCAGAUUUUAAAAGCAUUAGAAUGUAUACAAGAAGAUCAGUCACAGAAAAGAGACACCAGAAGAGAAGCAGAAAACAUUGUAAAGAAGAUGCAAGAAUUAGAAUUUGCUUUCAUGCUUGAUUUUUGGAAAGAGGUAUUACAGCAUUUUCACAGGGUUAGUCAGGCUCUCCAAAAAGAGCAUGUAAACUUGAAAAUGUGUGCUGAUUUGUAUUCUUCACUAGUAGAUCACUUGCAUAAAUCUAGGAAUGAAAUUGAAAGAUUUGAAGAAGCUGCAAAAAUAAUGAUACCAGGUGUAGAUUAUAAGUCAACUUUGACCCGUAAUUGUAAACGAAAGACAGUGUUCAUUGGUGGUGAUGCCCCUGAAGUAUCUCUGAAUGCUAGAGACAAAUUUCGUAUAUCUGCAUUCUACGCCAUUGUUGACAAACUUGAGACAGAAAUGAGUAGUCGAGGACAAGUAUAUAAUGAUGUAGCAGAUCGAUUUUCUUGUUUGGUCGAUGGAUCAUUAUCACAAACAUCUCAGUGUUGUGAAGAACUAAUAAAUGCUUAUCCUAAAGAUCUGAACAAUAAUUUAUAUACUGAACUACAACAGUUUCAUUCAUAUAUUCGACACAAGUUUCCUGCUGCAUCAAAAUCGGAAAAUAACACGUUCAAUCAUGGAGAAUUAUACCAAGUAAUAGUUAGAGACAAUAUUGAGUGUGCCUUUCCAAAUGUUGAAAUCGCCAUCCGCAUAUUUUCAACAUUAAUAGCUAAUAACUGUUCAACUGAGCGCUCUUUUUCUCAGUUGAAACGUACAAAAAAUCCAAAUAGAUCAGCAAUGAAACAAGAAAAGCUCAAUUCCUUAUCUCUGCUGAUGAUUGAGGCAGAUAUGUUGCGCAAAAUUAACUUUGACGAUAUACUCAAAGACUUUGCUAGAUGUAAAUCUAGAAAAAAAACUUCAAAAUGUAAAUGA